CUAUUUUUUUUUUUUUUCCAAAUUUUUAAUUUUUUAGGGCCUGGUCGUGCUCACGUUUUGGGCGCUUUUUAUUUUUCUAAGCGCAUUUUCCUGCCCCGAAGAGCCCCCCCCCCCCCCCCCCUCGGGCUGUUUGCCUUCUGGGAGGGCCGCAGGGAGGACGGUGCGCGGGUUGGGCCGGGGGACGGCCGCGGGCUGCAGCCCAGCACAGGUCCGCGGUGGGGGUUUUCUUUCUUCAUUUCUUUUUUCUCCUCCGGCGUCUCUGAUGCCAGAACAAGGCCCCAGAAUGAACGGUUUCUCUCUGGGCGAGCUCUGCUGGCUCUUCUGCUGCCCGCCUUGCCCCAGCCGCAUCGCUGCCAAGCUGGCCUUCCUGCCCCCGGAGCCCACCUACACCGUGCUGCAGCCCGAGCAGCAGCAGGAGGCCGGGGCGGCCGCCGGGGCAGGGACCCCGACGGGAUCGGGCACCUGCAGCCUGCACCUGAGCGAGCGGGCGGACUGGCAGUACUCGCAGCGGGAACUGGAUGCCGUGGAAGUGUUCUUCUCCCGCACGGCCCGAGAUAACAGGCUGGGCUGCAUGUUCGUGCGGUGUGCCCCCACCGGCCGGUACACGCUGCUCUUCUCGCACGGUAACGCCGUGGACCUGGGCCAGAUGUGCAGCUUCUACAUUGGCCUCGGCUCCCGCAUCAACUGCAACGUCUUCUCUUACGACUACUCCGGCUACGGGGUGAGCACCGGCAAGCCCUCUGAGAAAAACCUGUACGCAGACAUUGAUGCAGCCUGGCAGGCCCUCAGGACAAGGUAUGGCGUUAGUCCUGAGAACAUUAUUCUGUAUGGUCAGAGUAUUGGUACUGUCCCUACAGUAGACCUGGCAUCUCGGUACGAGUGCGCAGCAGUAAUCCUUCAUUCUCCUUUGAUGUCUGGAUUACGGGUAGCUUUUCCCGACACUAGGAAAACCUAUUGUUUUGAUGCUUUUCCAAGCAUUGACAAGAUAUCUAAGGUAACCUCUCCUGUGUUGGUAAUCCAUGGUACCGAAGAUGAGGUGAUCGAUUUCUCCCACGGCCUGGCAAUGUACGAGCGAUGUCCACGAGCAGUAGAGCCCCUCUGGGUGGAAGGGGCUGGGCAUAAUGACAUAGAGCUUUAUGCACAGUACUUAGAGAGACUAAAACAGUUCAUAUCUCAUGAACUUCCCAACUCCUGAAGAAGCCUACCUGAUUUUACCUCAGUUACUGUGAACGGAAGAAAUUACCUGUUUUUGCACAUGCUUUAACUGGAUAGCUGUAAUAGCUUUAUACUAUGAAGAAAUGCCCUGUAUUUAGGGUGUUCUAAUCAAACAUCUGAUGAAAUUUGUCUUUUAUAUCUGGAAACUAUUCUACUAAUGCACACAAUAUGGUCAACUACUGUAAUUCCAACAAUUUUUAGCUUCAUUGCCCUGAAGGAAGUGGGGAAUACUAGCUGCUUAUGGGGACACUUUUUACCUAGUGCUGUAUUCAUUGAAGAUCAGUUUUCUGUCUCACUUCUGAUUGUUUAUAGUUCUGUCCUACAAAGACUUUUUUUUUCCAAUGUUCUCAAUGUGUAGAACAUAACUGUUAUGAGCUACAGCUUCUUCUAAACAAUCAGCCAUGGGUUCAAUCUAAGGGAGUACUUUCUUUGUAAAGUUUCUAGCUGUGGUAUUGUAACUGGAAAGUUAUUGUGAUGAAGUUCCUCCUCCCUUUUAGUGUUCUUUUUUUAACUUACUGAUCUUCCCAAGUAAAUUAUUUAAAUAUACUUUUUCCUGAUAAUAAACAAACUACUAUAUGGGGCUAAACUCUGUAAUGACUUCUCCAUUACCUUGUAUAAACAUAACUGGAAUAUUCUCAAAGGAACUAUGGACAAAAUUGCUUUUGUUUAAAAAUAAAUGUGUAAAUUUACUACUAGAAAACUCAUUUUAAUAUUCAGAUGGUCUGAAUAAUAGCCAUAACAGACAUUUCCUUCUGUAAAGCAUUCCUGUAGACUUUUUAAAAGUACUGUACAUAUUUGAAUUUACAUUGUGCAUAGAUUCUUAAUUGGUAGUUUUAAUUUAAGUCUAGCUACAAUAAACUGCGAAAUUCUGGUUUGUAUAUGAUUGAAUACAUUUUGUUAAAAUAUGUUUUUAUCCCUAUAUUAUUUUGCUAUUAAAGUUUUAUAAAGUUUCCAGGACAAAAAAUUUACACAUUUAUGUUUUGAUGAAUUUAUGUAACUAAAUUUUCAUUGAGCUGAUCUUUUUAGUUUAGGAGUAAUUUGAUUCUUUGACACUGGAAUCGCACAGAUUAUGCAUCAGAAAUGCAAAACAUGUAAUUGUUACACUACUAGCAUAGGUCUAAUUUUUCCAAAUUUAAAGGCCUUAAAUGUACUGUAAGCCUCAGAUUGUUGUAUAAAUUGAUCGCGAUUGAUUGCAGUUUGUGUCCUGUUGCUAGAAUGCAACACAGUGGUUGUAAUGGAAUAAAGGAUGCAUGGAUUAGA